AAUCCUGCUGUUCUUUGAUAUUCCCUCUUCCGCAGUGCGUAGACUCGCUCGUACGCCGUGCCACACGUGUGGAACAAAAUGGUGUCGCCCUGUCAGUUGAUGUUGAGUUGAAACCGACACCGAAACUUAUCUGGAGGUUUUUGCCAUUCAAUGCUCCAGCUCUGAAACGCAGCUACGCUCCAGGGACAGCUGAGCGGUCGGACCCCACUUUCAUUUCCCCCCCCUCCUACCCUUGACUCUCGGCAUGGCCGGAACGGAAGAUGUGAAUGCCGUGGGCACGAUUCUGGCCAACCCAAAGGAAUCGCUGACGACCCGCUUUCGCGCGCUGUUCACCUUGCGCAACCUGGGCGGCGCGGAGGCCGUCGAGUGGAUCAGCCGGGCGUUUGUGGACGAUUCGGCGCUUCUGAAGCACGAGCUGGCCUACUGUCUCGGACAAAUGCAGGAUGAGCGCGCGAUACCCAUACUGGAGACCGUGCUGAAAGACACGAAUCAGGAGCCCAUGGUGCGACACGAAGCUGGUGAAGCUUUAGGUGCCAUCGGUAACCCCAAAGUGCUCGACCUGCUGAAGGAGUAUUCCGAGGAUCCCGUCGUAGAGGUGGCGGAGACGUGUCAGCUGGCCGUCAGGCGGCUGGAGUGGCUGGCCGGCGGGGGGGGGCCGGGGGGAGGAGGCGGCUGACGGCAACCGUACGCCUCCGUGGACCCCGCCCCGCCCGCGGCCAGGAAGGGCGUGGCGGAGCUGAGGGCCCAGCUCCUGGACGAGGCGCUGCCGCUGUUCGAGCGCUACAGGGCCAUGUUCGCCCUGCGGAACCUGGGCACCGAGGAGGCCGUGCUGGCCCUGGGAGACGGCCUCCUGUGCGGCAGCGCCCUCUUCAGGCACGAGAUCGGCUACGUCCUGGGGCAGGUGCAGCACGAGGCCAGCGUCCCGCAGCUGCAGGCGGCGCUGGAGCGGGCCGGGGAGAGCGCCAUGGUGCGCCACGAGUGCGCCGAGGCGCUGGGCGCCAUCGGGGCGGAGCCCUGCCUGCAGGUCCUGCGCCGUUUCCGCGCCGACCGCGAGCGCGUCGUCAAGGAGAGCUGCGAGGUGGCGCUGGACAUGUACGAGUACGAGAACAGCGGCCAGUUCCAGUACGCCGACGGGCUGCAGCGCCUGCAGGGGGCGCAGUGAAGGGGGCGGAGCUUCGG